AAGUACAAUAAAGGCAUUGCUUUCUCCAUCCCAGAGCGUCAGACACUUGGUAUUCAUGGUCUGCUACCACCUACUGUUAAUUCCCAGGACAUGCAAGUUAAAAGAAUUAUAGAAAACUACCAUAGGCAGUGUGAUGAUUUGCAUAAAUAUUCCUUCUUAAUGGACAUACAGGAUACAAAUGAGAAAUUGUUCUACAGAGUGAUAAAUGAUCACUUGGAGGAAAUGAUGCCGAUAGUAUACACACCUACAGUGGGUUUAGCUUGUCAGAGAUAUGGUCAUAUAUAUCGGAGACCACGUGGACUUUUUAUUACGAUUCAUGACAGAGGUCACAUUGCAGAGAUCCUAAGAAAUUGGCCUGAACCUAAUAUUAAAGCGAUAGUUGUGACUGAUGGGGAGAGGAUAUUGGGACUUGGAGACUUAGGAGCGCAUGGUAUGGGAAUACCGGUCGGAAAACUCGCGCUUUAUACUGCAUGUGCAGGGGUGGAUCCCUCACACACCCUGCCAGUUUGCUUAGAUGUUGGUACAAAUAAUGAGAAAUUACUGAAUGAUCCUAUGUACAUUGGACUUCGCAUAAAACGGUUUCGCUCUCAAGAGUACGAUGACCUUGUAGACGAGUUCAUGAAAGCUGUUGUCAAAAAAUAUGGCUAUAAUUGCUUGAUUCAGUUUGAAGAUUUCGGUAACCAAAAUGCAUUCCGAUUUCUUCAAAAAUAUAAAGACGAUUACUGUACAUUUAAUGAUGAUAUACAAGGAACGGCAUCAGUUGCCCUAGCUGGAAUUUAUGCUAGCCUAAGAAUGACUGGAAAGAAAUUGUCUGAAAACAAGUUUGUAUUUCUUGGUGCAGGAGAAGCAGCAAUUGGUAUAGCCAGUCUCAUCGUCAUGGCAAUGAUGGAAGAUGGUUUGACUGAAGAGGAGGCUGUGAAGACAAUCUGGUUGGUGGACCGAACAGGUUUAGUUGUCAUGGAUAGACCAGCUAGUGAGCUGAAUAAACAGAGAUCACGGUUUGCUCAGGCUCACAAUCCAAUAGCAAACCUUGCAGACACAAUUAAAACAGUCAAACCCACAGCCAUUAUUGGUGUAUCUGCAGCUAAAGGUGCAUUCACGGAUGAAAUCAUUAAAUACAUGUCAACAAUCAAUGACCAUCCCAUAAUAUUUGCUUUAAGUAACCCUACUAGUAUGGCGGAAUGUACCGCAGAGCAAGCAUAUGCAUACUCAGAUAGCGAGUGUAUGUUUGCAAGCGGCAGUCCUUUUCAGCCAGUUACCUUACCAAGUGGUAAAACACUAUAUCCAGCACAGGGAAACAAUUCCUACAUAUUUCCGGGUGUGGCCCUGGGAAUAGUUGCCAGCGGAAUGAAAAGAGUUGAUGACCAUGCGUUUCUGAUUGCUGCAAAGGAAUUGGCAGAUCAGGUGACAGAUGCUCAUUUGUCCGAAGGUAGACUUUAUCCACCACUUUCAACAAUCAAAUCAGUAUCACUGCGGAUAGCAACAAAGGUUGUGGAAUACGCCUAUCGCAAAGGCUUGGCGGCAAAACAACCAGAACCUGAAGACAAGGAAGAAUUUGUUCGUAGUCAUGUUUACCAGACAGAGUACUAUGACUUUGUACCAAAGUUCUAUGAAUGGCCUUCCGACCAGUGA